UUGACCAUUUACUGUGGAGGUCUAUAAGCAGAGCACGUUUACCCUACAUCACUUCCGUUCAUCUGAUCUGUCAGAAAGACAGCGAAAAUGAUGUUGUUUGGAAGAAUUUCGCAAGCCCUCCUACGGUCCUCAAUUAUCCAGACCCGUCAACUCUCUGCCUCAGCGGCCCAUGGUCAUGGAGAGCAAACAGCCAGAACAUGGAAGAUCCUCUCCUUUGUAGUUGCCCUUCCGGGGGUUGCAGUGUGCAUGUUGAACAUGUACCUGAAGAUGCAGCACCAUGCUGCACACCAUGUGGAGCCCGAGUUCGUCCCAUACAGCCACCUUCGCAUUCGCAGCAAGCGUUUCCCAUGGGGUGAUGGCAACAAGAGCCUGUUCCACAACCCUGAAUUGAAUGCCCUCCCUGAUGGCUAUGAAGGACGUGACGAGUGAGAUCUCUCCCUCCAGACCACCUCAUACACUGGGACCAGAGUCUUCCCUCAAUUCUUUACUGUUACUAGACCACACUCUCCAAACAGUUUACUCUCCUCUAUUCCAUAAUGUUUACCUAUGUGCACUUGUCACAAGGGACUCAAUGUUAGUUACAUUUUUCUGGACCAUUUAACACAAUGUGUGCUUAAACUUAACUAAAAUAAAUAUUACCGAAAUGUG